AGGAGGAGCCAGGGAAGAGGGUUUCCAGAUCUGCCCCCACUAGAGGGCUCUGGGUUACAGCUCAAAGCAAGGCUGGGCUACUUCCUCUCUCUCUCCCUUGGCCACGAGUUUCCUGCUGUGAUCUGAUCAAGAGAUGACUGAACUUCCUGGGUUGGACAGGGCUGGUACAGCUAGGGAGAGGCUGAAGGAGCGCUACCUCUGGGCCCAGCCGAGAGUGGGGAACUGGCCUCCUAGGGCAGCCCUGGAACAACUCCUGCAGUCACAGACGGGUCUCAGGGAAAGGAAUUCCUCCACAGCCACUCCUUGGAAUCUGCCUUAGCUGGAGUGCACAGCGGCACCGACAGGCUGCAGGAGAACGUCCGUGUUUUGCUCCAGGUUGUUCCGUCCUCCCAGAGGGCAGGAAAAGGGAAUGGCUGCAGCAAAGGCAGUGACCUUCGAGGAGGUGGCUGUGUAUUUCACCGCGGAAGAGUGGGCUCUGCUGGACCCCGCUCAGAGAGCCCUCUACAGGGACGUCAUGCGGGAGAAUUAUGAGAAUGUGACCUGGCUGGGAUUCCCCAUCCCUAAACCUGACCUGAUCUCCCACAUGGAGCGAGGGGAACAGCUGUGGAUGCACCAAGCAGCAGGUGAUGGGAUGGCCAGUGAGAACGAGGAGGAGAAUCCUCAGCAGGGAGGCCCUGAGUUGGCAGAACCACACUGGACGUUCUCAGGAAGGUCCCAGGGGAGCGUUUGCCAGGGAGAGGCUAGCGAGCGUCAGGGCAGGUCGGAGGAGCAGUGGGGAAACCUGCCCGGGCAGAGAGAGGGUAAAUCCGCUCCUGAAGAGGGAUGUUUCAAGAAACUCAAACAGCUCCUGGACCUUAAGGGGAAGCAGAAGAGAGGGAAGGGAAAAGCAGGUGCUGAAUGUGGGCAGAACUCAGGAGAGAUGCUCCGUCUGGGAACCCACCUGGAAGUGGCAUCCCAUAGAUGCGGGGAAAGCCCCCAGCAGAACUCGGUGCCUCCACAACAUCAGAGCGCAGCCCUCACCAUCCAGCAGAGAAUCCGCUCAGAGCAGAAACCCUGCCAGUGCCUCGACUGCAGGAGAAGCUUUGUUCGGAGGUCGACCCCCAUGGCACAUCAGAGGCUCCACACGGGAGAGAGGCCCUACAAAUGCCCUGACCUGCAGAGGAAACCUUUCCCGCGUCCAGAAUCCAGGAAACGCUUUGCCGAGAGCUCGGCCCGGACGAAGCACCGGCAAUUCCACCCGGGAGAGAGUCCCUAUGCGUGCCUCGACUGCGGGAAAGGAUUCAGCCUACGUUUCAACCUUGCUAUGCACCGGAGGGUCCACACAGGCAAGCGCCCCUUUUUGUGUCCUGACUGUGGAAUGGGCUUCAACCGGAGAGCCAAACUCACUGUGCAUCAGAGGGCCCAUGAGGGGGAGCGACCCGACUGCGGGAAAAGCUUCGGCUGGCAGGCACCCCUGGAGCAGCCCGGGAGAGCCCAUUGUGGGGAAAAGCCGCGUGUCUGCGCCAGCUCUGGGAAAAGAUUCAUUGACGCCUUGGCCCUGAUUGAGCACCAGAGGGGCCACACGGGAGAGAGGCCUGACAGACACCACAAGGGCGGGAAAAGCUCCGACCUGGCCCAGCGCUCUCCGGCCCCAGAGGAGGGGCCGCGCUGCAAAGGCACAGCCCUGCCAAAACACCGGGCGGCAGAGAGACCCUACCACUGCCUCGACUGCGGCAGGACCUUCAGACGCGCCAACCUGCUCUCCCACCGGUGUGGCCACACGGACGAGCAGCCCUACAGGUGCUCGUACUGCGGGAAGAGCUUCAGCCUACGUUUCAACCUUGCGAUGCAUAGGAGAGUCCAUGCUGGCAAGCAACGCAAUCAGGGCCGGCUCUAGGUUUUUUGCUGCCCCAAGCAAAAAAAUUUUUGGCUGCCCCCCCAGCCCACCAGUCGCCCCCCCCCCACCCACACCCCCUGCCGCCCCAGCACUGGGCUCUCUCUUCCCCCCCCUGCCACCCCAGCACUGGGCUCCCCCCCAAACGUGGGAUCUGCUACCAGCACACGGCGGCCAAGCCCUGGCCCAGCCAUGACUCUGUCCCCAUGCGGUUGGAGCUGUGGGCUGCACGGAGUGGGAGUACUUCCAGGUGGCAGUGCGGCUGUGGGGCGGCGCGGAGAACACCGGCCCCCUCCCUGGGUCUUUGCGGCGCUGCUGGUGG